AUGAGUACGCACUCAAAUGCUCGAAAUAUCGGUGCCUGUUCCUCUUCCUCACAAAUUCAAGAAGAAUAUAUUGUUGUAGAUGAUCAACACCAACAUCAACAACAACAAAGAAAUCAACGUAUUUUAAUUUCUUCAAAGCUUGAAGAAGCAGUGGGAGGAGAAUAUGGUCAAUUAAAUUAUCAACAACAAUAUUCUGAUGAUUUUGAAAUUUGUGAUGAAAUUGUGGUUGAUGCUGAAGAUGGGGAAGAUGGACGUGUUUUGGUUACAGUUCCAGUAGGUUCUUCUACUUAUGACAAUUAUGGGCAGUUUGCAGAAGAUCUUUUUUUGGAUGAACAAAUGCAUGGGAAAUCUAAUGUCCGUUCAAUGAGUGCUAAACGAGUUAAAAAAGGCUUGGAAAGUAAGGAAUUAUUUCGAGUUCCAAUUUACAAGGGAAACACUAAAUAUGGAGCUGGUUAUGAUCGUUUAGUUAAUUUUGAUGGCUCUACUACUGAUCACUACAUUUGCAAAAAUUAUGAUCAAUGCGGAAAAAUUUUUCAUCGUCGCUAUUUGGAUGCUCUUACCACUCAUAUGCAAACAUGCCGUAAUAAAAAUUUAAUUAAUCCAGAAGAGUGUAAUGCCAAUGCUUGUAAAGCACUUGUUGCUCGUUUGGUAGUUCAAGAACCAACGGCUUUGACUUUGCUUACAAGCCGUUUUUAUUUGGAAUUUAUGGAGGAAUUGUCAAGAAUUAUUAUUUUGCGUCAAGGUAUUGGAAUGCCUAUAGGAAGAGAUGUUUUGCCUCGUCACCGGGAUUUAAUAAAUGAAUUAAUGAGAUUUUUACAUGAAGAUGAAGUGACUUUACUUCCUUCAAUUUUGCAUGAAAUGUUUCAAAAUGGUUUUGCUUUAGAAACUCUUCAAAUGAAUUUAAAUGAUUCUUCAACUGGAGGAUGUUAUAAAGUUUUGUUAGCUACACAUAUAAGCAAUUCAUGGGAAUUAGUAAGAACGGUUAUUAAAUUUUAUCCAAUAUCUGAUACAAUAAUUACUGGAGAUUCUUGUAUUAAACCAUUAAGACAACUUGUUACUCAAUUUGUUGACAAAGGAAAGGAAAAACAAAAAAAUUUAUUGGAAAAGUUUCAUAUAGUCUCUGAAUUUGAACAAAUGGAAGAUGAAGACGACGAUGCUGAGGAAAAUGAAAAGGGAUUGCGUCAUCCCUGUUUAUUAACAUUGUUGGAUUCUGUUGCUGAUCGACUCUUUUCUGAACCUUUGCCUAUUAAAUCAAAUGAUUUUGAUGUUAAAAAGUUGGUUAAAGUUCGUGAAUUGCUUCGUUCUUUAAGAGAAUUUGCUGAACAAACAAGACGUUAUAAAGACCUUCGUUCACUUCUCUCGCCUCGUUAUACAUCAAUUAAUGGAAAUUCUCGUUUACUUUUAAUGCUUCAAUUAUCUAGAAGAUGGGUUUCUUCAAUUGAAAAUAUUUCAAAGGUUUUGCAUCAAACAAAAAAUUCUUUAAUUAGAGCACUUUGUGCAAUUCAUUCUGAUAUUUUUGAAGAGAAAAAUGUUACGUUUUUGUGGAGUUAUGUUAGAGUUAUGGAAGCUUUUGAAAUGUCUAUUGUUGAUUUGGAAACUGUGUCAGCAGACAAAACUCCAAAUUCAAAUUUAAUUUUAUUUAUUCUUCUUGGACUAAACAAACGUUUAAAUGUUUUGAAAGAUUCUACAAAACAUUUAAAAAAUUGUGACUUUGAAACGUUAAAAUCUUUGGUUAAUUUUGCUUUAAAUAAAUUGGAAAAAGAUUUUAAAACUUAUAUUGAUAAAAGAAUGGCUUUAUGUGCUCUUUAUUGUGAUCCAAUGGGGUUAAAUCAUAUUGGAGAUUUGUCUGAUUUUUGUACCAUGGAGGAGGUCAAGAGUGUUGUUUUGGUUGAAUUGGAACAUUUAUUAGAAAAUUCAAAUUUAACAACCUCCCAAACAUCAAUCUCAUUAGAUGGUGUGAUAACAGAAAAUAAUAAUAAAAAUGGACAACAACAAAAUAGUUCUUCUUCUCCUUGGUUAAGUUAUACAGAAGAAGCACAACAUUAUGAACAAUUAACGAUUGAAGAAAUUUUUGAAACACUUGAAAUUAAUGGGGUUGCGGGGAUUAAAAGAGAUCCGAAAAAAUAUAAUCCGUUGGAAUUUUGGAAUGUUUAUGAAGAGGUUUGCUCUGUUUUUAAUUUUGGCACUACCGCAUUAUCUCCUUGGAAUUUUUUUUCCGUUUAUUUUUUCCUAGAAUUUCAAAAAAUAGCACAUAGUGGUAAAUGA